AUGCAGCUCAAGCAGCUCAACGUGGCGCGCUGCGCCAAGGCCACCGCCAGCAGGCGCUCGGUGGUGGUGCGCGCGGAGAGCAAGGGCGCCCAGGUCGCGGCCGCUGCCGUCCUGGCCACCUCCAUGCUCGCCGGGGCCGCCAACGCCCUGACCUACGACGAGCUGCAGUCGCUGACCUACCUCCAGGUCAAGGGCAGCGGGCUCGCCAACACCUGCCCCGUGCUGUCCAGCGGCUCCACCAACCUGAAGGACCUGAAGGCUGGCACCUACAAGCUGGAGCGCUUCUGCAUGGAGCCCACUGCCUUCAGCGUGAAGGAGGAGUCCCAGUUCAAGGGCGGUGAGACCAACUUCGUCGCCACCAAGCUGAUGACCCGCCUGACCUACACCCUGGACGGGAUGACCGGCACCUUCAAGGUCGACGGCAGCGGCAACGUCGAGCUCAAGGAGGACGACGGCAUCGACUACGCCCCCGUGACCGUGCAGCUGCCCGGCGGCGAGCGCGUGCCGUUCCUCUUCUCGGUGAAGCAGAUCACCGCCAAGGGCGCGGCUGACGCGUUCGGUGGGGACUUUGUGGUGCCCAGCUACCGCGGCUCCACCUUCCUGGACCCCAAGGGCCGUGGUGCCAGCCAGGGCUACGAGAGCGCCAUCGCCCUGCAGACCGCCCAGGACGACGAGUUUGUGCUGAAGGAGAACGUGAAGAGCGUGGCCGCCUCCAAGGGCUCCGCCGUGUUCAGCGUGGCCAAGGUUGACCCCUCCACCGGCGAGAUCGCCGGCGUGUUCGAGUCCGUGCAGCCCUCCGACACCGACCUGGGUGCCAAGGCCCCCAAGGACGUGAAGAUCACCGGCCUCUGGUACGCCCAGCUGCAGUAA